AUGGUAUUUUUGUCAUCACAACUAUCACCACAAUUACCACCACAACGACCAUCACAACGACCACCACAACGACCAUCACAACGACCAUCACGACGACCACCACAUUUCCAGAUUGCAGUUGGACGUCCUGCAACUACAGCAACUAACACAACGACAACCACAGCAAAUUCAGCAGUUGCUAGCUGCAUGCAGCAACUUCAAAACUCCGGUAAAAAUGCUGCUGUUGUCGUUUAA